UUAUUGUGGAAGCAUAUUGGAGCACGUAACAAGAAAACUGUUAUAACAAUUAUAACAUCUAAUUGGCUGGUCAUUAAAAAAUUAAUCUUGCUAGGUUAUAAAUAUCCCAAUUUUAGGGAACAUGUUCCUCAUAGAAAUCCCAGCCGAUGCUGGAUCACAGGUACAUCUGGGUCCGUGAAUCAACAGGAAGAGGGCGGGAAUAAAUGCGUGGUUUGGGAGCUCGGGAGCAAGGCGGUCAGACAGACAAGCGGGACAGCAGGCUAGCCGAAAGUUGUCCUUGAGGAAUUUCUUACAGUAAUGGAAAUAUUGAAUUUUAGGUCUGAGAAUUAGAAUAAAAGACCAACUUAAUCAGUACAAAGCAACGCUUUUUGUCAAAGUAGUGUUUCGGCUUACUUUUAUGAGAGACACAAGGGUAACGGUCAAUCAAUGAGCUCUCUGGACGACCGACGUGACGUUAGAGAAGGAUAUAGAAAUGGAGGAGCAACGGUGAAGGGAUUAAUUCAGAAAGUCCAUCCUCCUCAGCGGUCCCUUAAUGAUUCACUGGAGGGAGAAAUUCAGGCCUUCCUCAUUGAUGAAGACCAACUUCACACUUACGAUGACCUCACCAAAGUCAACCCAGUGACCCCAGCGACAGUGCUGAAAUGCCUGCAGGGCAGGUACAGCAUGAAGGUGUUUUACACCCAUGCUGGCUGCACCUUGGUGGCUCUUAACCCCUUCCAGUCCAUUCCAGACCUCUACUCUCUGGAUGUGAUGAAGGAGUAUCAUUAUGCUCGUCAGCCCCAGGAGUUCAAGCCGCAUAUCUUUAUUGUGGCAGAAGAAGCCUACAGGAAUGUUCGGGGCCAGCUGGAGCCGGUGAACCAGUCCUUGGUGGUCAGUGGUGAGAGCGGUGCUGGAAAGACGUGGACAUCUCGGUGCUUGAUGAAAUACUAUGCCACAGUGGCGUCCGUCUCCUCGGUGGUGAAGAGUCAGGACACAGUGGAGAGGAUUGAGAGGAGAGUGCUGGACUCCAACCCUGUAAUGGAAGCUUUUGGCAAUGCCUGCACACUCCGGAACAACAACAGCAGUCGCUUCGGAAAGUACAUUCAGCUACAGUUGGACAGGUGUCAGCUCUUAGUUGGGGCUACUGUACAGACAUAUUUACUGGAGAAGACCAGGGUGGCCUGCCAACCAGCUAAUGAAAGAAACUUCCACAUCUUUUACCAGAUGAUGAGAGGGGCCACAGAUGAGCAGCGGAAAGAGUGGAAGAUGUCACAUGACCAAAGUUUUGUUUGGCUGCCAAAUUCUGAGAAAACAAUUGAGGAGGAUUGUUUCCAUGAGACAGUGAAAGCAAUGGUUCAUCUGGGCAUCAAUGCAGAAAGGCAAGGAGAAAUAUUUAGGAUAUUAGCAGGAAUUCUCCAGUUGGGAAAUGUCAGCUUCUCCUCUUCAGCAGAUGAAUCACAACCUUGUCACCUUGAUGCAAAAUCUAAAAACUUCUUGCAGAGGGCUGCUGAGCUGCUGUGUGUUCCUGCUGAGGAGCUUCAAACAUGUUUAAGAGUAAGGACUCUGAAGGCGGGGAAGCAAAGCGUGCUCAAGCCGUGCUCGCAGGCAGACUGCAGUGUGAGGAGAGACUGUCUAGCCAAAGUCAUUUACGCCCAGUUAUUUGAGUGGCUGGUUACAUUCAUCAACAACAGCGUAUGUGCUGAUAAAUCAACGUGGUGCAACUUCAUAGGAAUCCUAGAUGUGUACGGCUUUGAAUGUUUUCAGACCAAUAACCUGGAGCAGCUGUGCAUCAACUACGCCAAUGAGAAACUCCAGCAGCACUUUGUGGCUCAUUAUCUCAGAGCUCAGCAGGAGGAGUAUGUGUCAGAGGGUUUGCAGUGGUCCUUUGUGAAAUACCAAGACAAUCAAAGUUGCCUCGAUCUUUUAGAGGGAAGCCCCAUCAGUGUGUUCUCUCUUCUUAAUGAGGAGAGUCGUCUAAAUCGAGCCUCGGAUGCAAAAACGUUCCGAGUUCGUCUGGAAAAGGAGCUAUGUGACAAUGCUAACAUCAGCUGGGACAAGUUCAGCAAGGUGCCGCACUUCACUGUGGCCCACUACGCCGGCAAAGUUGGCUAUCAGAUAGAAGGCAUGGCGGAGAAAAACAAGGACCCAGUGCCACCAGAGCUAAUUAGCCUGCUUCAAAAGUCCAACAACCAGCUUCUUCACCAGAUCUUCAAAGACAAUGAAACUGAGAGUCAGAUUAAAAAGGGGCCUGGUAAAACCACUGUGGUCUCCAAGUUCAAGAACUCACUGGAGACCCUGAUGAAAAUCCUCCACUCCACAACUCCUCACUACACUCGCUGCAUCAAGCCAAACCCUGAGUGCAAGCCACUGACUUUCAAAAAGGAGGAGGUUAUCAUUCAGCUAGAGGCCUGCGGGAUUGUGGAGACCAUCCAUAUUAGUGCUGCUGGAUUUCCAAUAAGGAUUCCUUUCCAAAGCUUCCUGCAACGUUACACACUGAUCGCUAAACACAUAAACUCAGGGAGUCACAGUGUUGUGUUAGAUUUGGAAGCUGACACUUGUCCUCAGCGACAUGUGGAGAAGAUCCUCGGUGUGGCGUUGAAACACCGCCAUCUGAGUGAAGAGCGCAGUACAUUGGUGCAUUGUGGGAGGACUAAAGUUUUUCUCACACAAGUGAUGCUAGAUUUACUGGAAGAUCAGAGGAAGAAGAUCCUGUCUCACUGCGCCUUUACCAUUCAGUGCUGUUGGCUGCGGUACCAGCGGCGCAGACGACACACCCACCGCCAAUCUGCUACUUUGAUCCAAGCAGCGGUGCGAUCCUGGCUGGUCAGGAAUCGGGUCCGAAGAUGGAACAGAGCAGCUGGAGUCAUCCAGAGCACCUGGAGGAAGUGGAGGUCACUCUUGAAAUCCUUGGCUGAAGCAGAACUUGACGAUGCAAAGGACCUGGUGGAGGAGGAUGCACCCGCACUGAAUCCUGUCGUCAGGGAACGGGGCUCAGUGCAGCUCUCCAUCAUCCCGGAGCCCGUCGCGGUGCGAGGGUGGCCCAUGGGCCUGGCUCUAGCCUCUGCACCUUCCAUGACUGUGUCUUUGACAGCCACAGGCUUCCAGAAGAUGAUAUCUGUCAUCGCCUCCCUCAACUUGCCAUCCAGGAGGGGAGAGUACCAGGUGAAGACCAACCAGUACACGGAGGAACUCGCCUCCAUAAGGGCUCAGCCCAAGGGAUCCAUAAAGCUGCACUGUCAGCGAUCUCCACUUCUCUACGCUGACAGGCAGCCGGACCUGAAGAGCGACGUGACGGGGUUCAAUGAGAUCCUGCUAGAGAAAACUCUGUAACCGCUCCCUCAGUGCAAAACACUACUUGCAGUGAAGCAACUGCUUCUCCAUAAUCUGACCUGACAUGAAACAUGGAAACAGGAAACAUGGUAUUAUUUCAUGCUGCCACUGUGUAUGUAGGUUAAAACACUAAUUGCCAUGUUUGUUUGUUUUUUGUUUUCUUUUUUUUAAAUGAAGGUCGAAACUGAUCUUACCCCGUCUUACAGGGAUGAACAGAAUUAUAAAACCUGCAUCCUUGCAUAAUGAUUAUUUAUCAGAAGUGUUUAUGUAAGCUCGUGCAGUGCUAAAAAUCACCUCCAUUUGCCUUGCGGCCCCAGAGAUGACAAAAUAUAUAUGAAUAUAUCACCUAAAAUUCCAAAUCUGAGUCAGGAGAGUGGAUACAAUCAUCAGCUGCAUUUAAGAUAACGUACCCCUUUCUUCUUCUUUCAGCACAUGGUGUAGAUGGGAUUAUGACGAUGCAGGAUAAACACUAACUCUUUUUAAAAGAAAUCUAGGUAAAACUGAAAAUUUAAGGCAUUAUCUUGGCGGGGGGUUUUUAAAGAAAAAAAAAAUACCAGGGCUGCAGGCUUUUGUCUCCUGAUAGAUGAUCAGAGUAUUAGGCCUCGAGACAAGUGCCUUUCUUAGAAUCCACGAUCAAACCACAUAUGAGCUGUACAUGUAUUUAUUGGGCUGAUUAUUUAUCUGUGACUUAAUUUUUCCAGUCUUGUGUUUCUGAUUCACGUUUAGUUUUGUGGUUUCUGCUGGGAGGAAAAUGGUAAUCGAGCGAAUAUUGCACUUUGAAAGCAUGCACAUUCUUAUGUAAUCAACAAGAUUACACGACAGGGUGUCUACAGGCAUGAGCAGGUAAAAUGUAUUUUAUUAAUUUUCAUUCUCAUACCAUUUUAAUAGCCCAGAAUCUUUAUCUUGACUGAUGAGCAGGCUCUGAUAUCUUCAGGGUGUCCAGCAGUGUAAUCAACAGAUUGAUCCUGCAUAUUUACACUUUGCUGGCCUGAGGCUUCAGGGAUUUUUAUAUUUUUGAGGCAGUUGUUUUAAACACCAUUAAAAUUAGUUAAUCAUUAGCCUUUUUAUUAUUGCCCCUGAGCAGCUAAAGGCUGAUGGUGUACCGUCAUCACCCCACCAGGCAGGCAGCGCGGACAUUUAAGUUUGUGAAUGCAAUAACUGGAGAAUGAGGUGAUACCAUAGGUGUGUCUACUAAAAAUGUUGGACAAGUUUGUAUGUCAGUGACCUCGACCUUUUCAACGCAAUAAACUUGAGAACAACAUGACAUAGGAUUUUGAAAUUGAUACUGUAGGUGUGUCUACUAUAGAACUGAGAGGAACCACUGGUGGUCGACAGUAUUUUUAUGAAAACAGGCAAACAAGGGUAUUAUUGUACAAAUAGUAAAGUCAUAUGAUAUGAUCUAACUAUGUUGAGGCAGCAAAAACAGUGGAAUAGUGUGCCAGAAAUUCUCAGUAACUUGAGUAAAAGCACAUCAGACACAUCCACACUAAUACGUUAAGGGUUUAUAUUGAUGAGUAUUGAAGAGCUUUCAAGGAGCCGUAGACACCCUGCAUAACAGAAACUUCACUGAUGUGAACAAGGAUGAACCCAGGUUUAUUUACAUCGCUGCUCUUUGUCUUAUGCACGUCAGCAAAAUAUGACUGAACCACUCUGUGUGAAUUUUUUAUCUAAAGCAAUGCAGUACUUUAAGAUAUACCAAAGUCUUUUUACACUACAGUGUUUGUGUAUGACAAACUUGAUUUUUCUUAUAUUAUCACAAUCACCUUUGAUAUUUAAACUUUGAACAAACACAUUAGCAACAAUCAUAGAAAUCAUUGGAGCCUCUCACUCUACACUUUAACUUCAAGAGAUUUCCUUUUUUCGUUUUACCCACACACAUUUUCAUGACUUGGAUAUGUAAACGUCUCCAGGUUAUUAUCAGAAGUUAUAAUAUGGAAUUUGUGUAUUUUAACUAUGUUUUAUUUCUUCUGUUUCUGUCAGUAGUACCACAGUAUCUACGGAUACAAACUUGACUUGUAUGUAUGUUUAAAUGUUUUUGUUGAAAUAAA